AAAUAAACAUAUACAAUUUUUGUAUCAUUUAAUAACUGCAGCAUCAAAAAUCUGAAAAUAUUCCCGAAAUAACUUGGAGAUUCGCUACAUAAUGACUUCAGCAUCCAAAGGAGGCUUUCAACCCGACUCAGAUGUCCAUAUUACAUUUGAAGAUCAGCAGAAGAUCAAUAAGUUUGCACGUCAUAAUGCAAAACUAGAAGAUUUCAAAGAUGAACUGAAGCAGAAACAGAAUGAGCUGAAGAACCUUGAAGAGGCCGCUGACGAAAUUGAACUUCUGUCAGAUGAUAAAAUACCUUUCCUUGUGGGAGAGAUCUUUGUUUUUCAGGACCAAGAAAAGACACAGAAAUGUUUAGAAGAGGCAAAACAACAAAUACAGAAGGAGAUUGAAGGGAUCGAAGAUAAAUGCUCUAAAUUAAAGGAAAUUAUGUCAGAUUUGAAGACUCAACUGUACGGCAAGUUUGGAAGUCACAUCAAUCUCGAAGCAGAAGAAGAAUAAUUAUGUUACUUUUUUACUAAUUUAUUAAUUUUUAACACUGUUUUCACCUCUUAUGAUUGUGCUAAUAAACUAAUGACACUAUC